AUGUUUAUAUUUGAAACUGUAAAAAGGUCUGUGGAAGUUCAGUGGUCAAUUUCAGUAAUUUCAUCUGAAUUAUUUUGCUGUUGCCGGAGAUGUGUGAAGACCUUCAGACUUGAACAUGAAUGGCCCUCCAGUGGAUCUAUCAUUUAAAGAUAUCAGCCAUGUUACAGGUAUGCUGGCAGAGGUACCUCGAAGUGGCCUGCGACCUUUAAAAACAAACUCAAAGAAGAAGUACCUAAGCCGCUCUUUGCGUCUCAAUAACAACAGCAUCACUGAUCUCGCUGGCCUCCAGUACAUUCUUAGCCACUUUCUAGCUCAACCGGCGAAGCUCGGCUGGCUGGACCUGUCCUUCAACAAAAUCACAUGCAUAGACCCAGUUUUGUGCGAGCUCCGUGAACUGCGUGUGUUGUACUUUCAUGGCAACAGCAUCUGGAACCCGUCAGAUGUAGACAAGCUGGGAGAGCUGCAGUAUCUACACACCAUCACGCUACAUGGAAAUGCCAUAGAAACCCACAAAGGCUACAGGAGUCAUGUGAUUUCUGCCCUGCCUCAUUUGAAGACGAUGGAUUUCAGUGCUGUGACACGUGAGGAGCGAGUCUUGGCAAAUGUUUGGCGCUGCUGCACCAGCCAUGGCAAAAACACCAACAAGAGUCUCCAGUGACUGUUUACCAAUUUGUUAAGUCAUUCAUUUGAUUAAUCGAUUUUUAACCCACCGUCAAAACUGCUUUGUAAUUAAAUGUUUCCUUUCCCUAAAAUAUAAUAUUCAUCUUUUUUU